AUGGUUGUUUGGUCAGCUUUAAAAUUUUUGGGAUCUGCUGGAAAGUUUGAUCUAAAACACCAGUCAUUUGCUCAUCCCAUCAUCGCUUACAUCAUUGCAGUUGCCAGUUGCUUUUUCGUUUUAUACAAGGUAAGCGGUAAAAAAUCAACAAAAAAGCCUACAGGAAGACAGCUAAAAUACGGUAUAUUUUUAUUCGCAUAUGCUUUUAUUUUGUUUAUCUCACGUGUGCGGCAAGAUAGUAAUAAAUAAUCAGAGCAGAUAGCAAUUUAUGACAUGUUUUGGCAAUGUAACAUGAGCUUAAUAUUAACCGGGUUAAGUGCUUUUCUAGGAAGAACUGAUAUGAUGUGCGCUGGAGCAGCUUCAGUUGCCCUUGACCAAACAUUAUAUUGGGUAGAUGUUUUAAGCUUUUUACUUACUGGAAAGUUUAAAUUAGGAGUUGCAGGAUACUUGGCAUGGAAAGAAACAUCAUGAAAUAAAAUCUUUACUUCUACCCAUCAUUUAUGGUUCAUUCCAUUAACGCUUUUUGCGGCCAAAAAAAUGCCAUGGAAGUCUUUCCCAAUGUCCGUAUGGAUUGUUAUGCUAAUCACAAAUUUAAGCAGACUUUCCAUUCCUUUUGAAAUUCCUUUUAAAGGGCAAAUGAGGUAUAUGAAUGUAAAUUGUGUACAUGAAUGCUGGAAAGACAUAAAAAUACCUAUUUUGCAUAUGUGUGAUCAUAAAGGGUGGCUUGGCUCUUUUUUCUUAUUGAAUUUUAAUUGGAAUGGAGGAAACUUCUUAGGGUUUUUAGUCUAUAAGCUUAUCUCGAAGAUCGCUUAUGGAAAGUAA